CUAUCCUUUGUACUCGAUCAACAGUGGGAUAGCAGUAUAGAAUAUACAUAAAUUUGUGCUAAUUGAGAAUUGUUCAUUCAAUAAUUGGUGCCGACUUCUUAAUCUCUACAAUGCCGGUAGAUAUAAAUCGAUUAACAGAUGGAUGGCUGGAAUUAGAGUCUGACCCAGGAUUAUUUACCCUGCUUUUGGAAGAUUUCGGAGUCAAAAAUGUGCAAGUAGAAGAGGUUUAUGAUCUACAUAAACCAAUCGAUGGACCGGUGUAUGGAUUUAUUUUUCUAUUUCGAUGGAUAGAAGAGAGACGAGCUAGAAGAAAAAUUGUUGAGGCCACUGCUGAAAUAUUUGUGAAAGAUGAAGAAGAAGUUUCAAAUAUAUUUUUUGCACAACAAGUAGUCCCAAACAGUUGUGCAACGCAUGCCUUACUAUCUGUCCUUUUAAAUAGCAAUGACGACGACUUAAACCUUGGAACAACAUUAAGUCGUUUAAAAGCUCAUACAAAAGGAAUGUGUCCGGAAAACAAAGGAUUGGCUAUUGGCAAUACACCUGAAUUAGCUUGUGCUCAUAAUUCACAUGCAAUGCCUCAAGCAAAACGGCGCUUGGACAAAAGUUCUAUUUCUGGAGUAUCUACCGGACGUUGUACAGGAGAAGCAUUUCACUUCGUUAGUUAUGUUCCAAUUAGUGGGCACCUAUUUGAAUUAGAUGGAUUAAAACCUUAUCCAAUAGAUCAUGGGCCUUGGAAAGAUCACGAAGACUGGACAGAUAAAUUUCGUUGUAUUAUGGCUGAUCGAUUAGGAAUUGCUACGGGUGAACAAGAUAUACGAUUCAAUUUGAUGGCUGUUGUACCUGACCGUCGAAUUGCUAUUACACAUAAGUUAAAAAUGUUGCGAACAAACCAAGCUAUUGUUUCCGGGACGUUACAAAAGCUUUUAAAAACCAGCGAUCCUGAAUGCAUAAAUACUCUGCAACUUGAUAUGAACACCCCUGGAACAGCUGAGUAUAAAAUAAGUUCACCACCAUCUCCUGUAUUAGAAACGAAUGCAUUUACAAUAAGAGAUUUACAAUCUUUAUUAAAAAAUCUGGAUGCAGAAAUUUCUAUUAGCGAACAACAACUGAAUGACGAAAAUGAUAAGAGAUAUAUGUUUAAGGUGGAUGACUGUCGACGAACCCACAAUUACGACGAAUUCAUAUGCACUUUUCUGUCGAUGUUAGCACAUCAAGGCGUGCUAGGAGAAUUAGUAAGUCAACAUUUACUUCCCUCAAAAAAAAUUGGUGGACUUGGCGGAAAUAGGAUGACGAAAGGCUCAGCUCAAACUGUUACACCACAAAAACCAAAAAACUGCAAAACUUCUAAAAAUUCUGGGCGAAGACGAAAAGGCCGCAAUAAAUGUAAAAAAAGAAAAUAAUCUUUUAAACUUAACUAAUAAAAAUCACUAUCGGCUUAAAAUUGUAAUAAGCACUAAAAGUUUAAAAAUUGUGCAUUAAUUAAGAUGAACUUAACAUUUAUUAUAACACAAGGGUUAAUGUCCAGGUCUUCACUCUGGCACUUUGAAAUUUCUUUUGUUCAUAGCUUAAACUAAUUAAUUAUCUUUUGAUUUAAUUCGAAUACUUCUAUCACGUUCAGCCGAACAAUUUUCUACUCGACUUACACUCCUGCUCUCUGAGAAACUAUAUAUAAACAUUUAGCAAUAGAUAUCGAAUUGCGUGGAAACACUAACUUUACAUAUGCAGACUAAUUUAUCUUUUGGAAGUUUUCAUAAACCCAUACUGGCAGUGUAUUUGGAAAUAUUCCACAACCUUAUAUUCAGCUGCAAAAUCGAUUUAGCUGUAACGUGUAUAGAUCGUGGAAAGAUA